UUCACUGCAUCGGUUAAUGGAACUAAUUAACCAAUCAAGCGGUCCCGGUGACGAUAAGCCUCUGUUUUCAAGUCAAAAAUCGACGCAUCUCUCGAUUUGCCGCUCAGUUUUGUUUCGGCAAUCAUUCGGAUCACACGGAAAAAGUCUACGGUUAACUAAAGAUGACGGUUGAUAGGCUGCGACUCCUGCUGGGAGUCAUCCUUCUCUUCGUAAGCCUAUCAGAUGCUUCCCUAUCGGAUUCCAUGGCCACCAACUACUCCAUUGACAUCCUGCGCCUGGCCAAAGCGGCUCACAUCAAGGCUUAUAUGGCCGGGGAGGACCAGGAGAAACCUUGCUCCAAUUUCUACAACUAUGCCUGUGGAAACUGGCCUCGUUUGCAUCCCGCUCGAGUGUCCAAGCAGCGGACCAACUACCUCGAGGAGCUCCAGGAAUUAUACAUCCGAAAGAGCGCUGACAUGCUCAAGAGUGCCACAAGGGGCGCUGAAAACAGCGCCGAUCGGCAGUUGAAGAACUUUUUCGGAUCAUGCCGUUCGCAAUCAAACAACACCAAUUCUCUUUUGAAUACUCUGCUAAAUGUGGCGGAUUUCCGAGGCGGUUGGCCAGAGAUUCGAGUUCCAUCCUGGUAUCAGUACGAGUAUGAUUGGCUGCAGGUGGUGGCCAACCUAAAGCGAAAGCUGGGAGUGGACAUCUUCAUUGGACUGAAAGUGAUUCUCGACUACAAGGAGGAGAGAAUGCAUCGCCUGAAGAUCGGAGCUCCCGAUUUUCCCAUGAGCCGUCGUUACUAUUUGCAUGAUCACUACGAUGGCACUCGGGAACUCUACGAAGAUUCAAUCUACAAGAAGCUAAGGCUAUACUUCCCCGGCCAAUCGGAACACUGGCUGCGAGAGGUGGCCGAUCAGGUGCUGAAAGUGGAACAGCACUUGGCCAAGGGAUUGCCACACAAUCCCGCUCUCACUUUGGAGCAAACCACUCGCCAAAGGACCGCCGCCGAAAUGAAGACAGCCUAUGGCAGCUAUGUGGAUGUAACUCGCUAUCUUCAGUUCAUUUUCAACGAUAACCUCUACAUGGAUUUGUAUGAGUCACCGGAGGAUUACUUUUCCAACUUGGUGGACGUGAUUAGGGAAACACCCAAACUGCAUUUGGCCAAUUAUACAAUGUGGAAGGCCCUGGAAGCUUUGGAUGCCGCUCGAGUGCCGGCAACGCAGCAACAGGAUAUCUGGUGUGUCCAACUGGUCCAGAAGUUUUUCCCCCAGCAACUGGAGAGCCUGUUCCAUCGCAACUACCGCAACAUGCAGAUGAUCAACGAGAUGCAGUCAACGUGGUCGGAUAUAAAGCGAGUUUUCAGGGAGGAUCUGCAGGCCUCGGAGCGUUUACUUUGGCUGACUUUGGAGACCAGGCAGAAGGCCAUCAGCAAACUGGAGGCCUUGAAGCUGCAGUUCCGAAACCAUGACGACAAUCUGUUGAUUCGCCAGAUGCACGGAUUCGAUCUGCAUCCUGAACGAUUUUACCCCAAUUUGGUGGCCGUUCUGCAGUGGCACACUCAACGGGGACUGGCAAAAUUAGUGGAGGAACCCGUGCCCGAAGAGGAAGUUUACAAGCUGCCGCACUACGAGAUUCAGAAGAACCGCAUCCAGGUGCCGAUCACUUUCCUGCAGGCGAGAUUCUUCUGGGACUCGGCCUAUCCAAAUGCCUUGAAGUACGCAACUUUGGGUGUGCUCCUCGCCCGCCAAAUGCUGCAUGGAUUUGAUGGCGUGGGCAGAAGGUAUGAUGCGUAUGGCUAUCAAAACAACUGGUGGGAUCACACGUCGGAAAGUUCGUACUCACGAAGGAGUCAGUGCUUCCAGGAGCAGUACGCCAUCUUCGUGGAAUACAAGGGUAAGCCCGUUCAGGAUAAGGAUCUUCUGCGUCGAGUGGUGGCCGAUAAUGGAGCUUUGGAUAUAGCUUAUCGCGCCUAUCAACAGUGGCUGAAGAAUGCCGCCGAAACUCCGGUUAUUUAUCAGCGGGAAAGUCUGCCUCUAUUGGAACACGAUCACAAUCAGCUAUUCUACUUGGGUUAUGCACAGCUCUACUGCACCGACUAUCCUGAAUCUGUGGAGCGAUUCGACGAGCUGCCCGAAAACCUGCGCGUUAAUGCUGCUUUAUCCAAUUCGCAGCAGUUUGCCAAUGCCUUCGGUUGUUCCAGGGAAGAUAAGUUGAAUGCCCGGUACAAGUGCGCCCUCUACUAAGAGGAUAUUUUGCCCUCCAUUUAUAAGAUAUAAAUGUAUUUCACCAGACUAAGAAAUAAAAACCUGCACUUUAUUCA